AAUAAUGUAUAUACAUAUCCGAAAUCAAUGGAUUGACGAAUCGAGUUCACUAAGUAUCUUGAUAAAUGCAAAACAAUUCUAAUAUUCUGACAGCAGAAAGGAAUUUAAAUAAUUGAUAUUGCACUUCUUAGCGUGUGCUGUGACGAAAAAAAAAGAGUGAACAUAAGUGUAACAUACGAGCUACGCAUUUUAAAUUCAUAAUCUACUCUCGGGACCAGUAGCAUGUUGUUGCUUUUUUUAGGAACGUUUCAUUAGAUAUGCAAAUUGAAAAUAAGACAAACGUACGUUUAAUGCGUAAUUUGCACAUCCAGAAUAUAACUUGUUCUGUGAUAUUUUAGCUACGUUUUAACAAUUAUUACUCUUUACUGACUUUGUAACUGACUGAGAAACCGAGUGCUGACGAUGAAAAUGAACACAGCACAGUCGCGUUCGUGUUAUAUGCUCUUCGUUGCAACGGUCUUGUUCCUUCUACAGGGAAUAUUUUGUACCGGGGGAUUCGUCGGAUUCAGCCCUCUUACAAUUCUUGACGGCGAAUCAUGCCCUCAAAGUCACAUGAUUGACGACACCAUUGUAGACAAUGAGAAGAAAUGUUUUAUCCUGUGCUCGAGGAAACCGUCGUGCUACGGGGUUUUUCUUGGACCGUAUGAAAGAUGCGUGACGUGUGCAGCAAAGUUCUUUACGAAGGACGAUACUCAACACACGUCAGCAGUGACUAGAUUUUACAAACGGUUACCAGACAGUUCGGCUUAUGAUGGAAUCACUUCAGGAGUUUCCGUGUUCCACGUUGUGACGCAAAGAUUGUACUGGGUCACGUCAAAGCAAAGCUGUGAAGGCUUAGGUGGAUAUCUGGCAAGCAUCAAAUCUGAGGAAGAAAAUGAAUACGUGGUAAACACUGUUCUUGCAUCCUUUAAUGGCAAUAUCUGGAUUGGUGGAAAUGGAACAAAUGAAUCGCCAGAUACUUUCAAGUGGCUAGAUGGGUCAAAAGUGGCGGAUGGAUAUACAAACUGGAUUAGUGGUCAACCCUUUCAUCCCGUUGAAGAGACAGUAUGCAUGUUGAUGUUUGAACAUAAAAAUUACCAGUGGGGCGAUAACUUUUGUAAUACGGUCUAUUAUGGUCUUUGUCAAUUUGAAUAGAAAUGGUAGAAAUAGCAAUACAGUC